UUGAAUUCCCACUUUUUUCUUCACUUGAUUCGGAUAUAUAUAUAUAUAUAUAUAUAUUCCUGUGGUUUACAUAAUUUAUUUUUUUCCCCUGACAAUGAUGACAUGGACCACAUGACCAAUACAUGUAAAAUGGGUAAUUUGGGUAUAUAUGGCUAUAUGCAUGCACAUUAGCAUAUAAACAUGUAAUGAUGUAAAUUCGAUGAUUUGGGUAUAUAGUAAUCUGGAUUAGCACACAAACAUGAAACUGGAUAAUUGGGUAAAUGGUAAUUUGGAACAAAUUAGCACAUAAACAUAUAAUGAGCUAUUGAGAUUCAAAUGCAUUGAUAAGCAAUAUUUGAGCUAGCCGAAUAGAAAUUUUUAGCUGUUUGAUGAUUUGUGAACUUAACUCAAUUAUCUUUCCAUGUAUACUUUUAAAUUUUUUUUGCAUGCUGGAGAGGAGGUACUCCGUUGAAAUUGGCCAGACCAAACAUGCAUUUCACAGAAUCAGUGAGGACAAAUGGCGGAACAUGUUUGGUAAUUAUGCACAAGACUCUAAAGAAAAACUUAGGAUUCCUAGAAUAAAAGCUAUUGCAGCUAGUCCACCUUCCAAUUCUCAAAAUCAUGCUUCUACUGCUUCACUUGCUAAGAAUGAUGUCACUGGAGAUCCUUCGAGAAGCCUGCAGAAUGGCAAAGCUGCUUCACGGUACUAUGCAAUGAUUUUUGAAGCACUUUCCACCAUAAAUGAUCCAAGUAGAUCGGAUCUUAGUGCCAUUGAUAGCUGUAUUCAGCGAAGGCAUCCCCAUGAGGUGCCACUAAAUUUCAGAAGGUUAUUAUGCUCAAAGCUGAGAAGACUUGUUUUGCAAGGGAAACUUGAAAAGGUCCGGAACUGCUACAAGAUUAAGAAAGAUGCAGCAUUGGGUGCAAAGACACCUAUCCCAAAACAAAAAGAUAUCAGGCCAAAACUGUCACAUAUUUCUGGGGUAAUCAUCUGCAGUGAGACAGUACAAGAAGCCGCGACAACUGCUGCCUACAAGAUUGCAGAUGCAGAAAACAAGUCAUUUGUUGCAGCUGAAGCAGUUAAAGAGGCAGAAAGAGUCUCAAGGAUGGCAGAAGAUACCGAGUCAUUGCUACAACUAGUGAAAGAGAUUUAUGGACAAUGUUCGCAAGGUGAUGUGCUUCUCUGUGCUCAAGUGACAGCCGUGUAAAUGUGAUGAGAGUCUCCGUGUUGAAAUUUAUGAUCCCGUGUAUAAAUUUAACAGAAUUUAGGUGGCAGUCAUCAGCUCUCUUUUAUCAAAUAGGGGUAGUUUUUAUUGCCCUGACAGGAAUGCACUCUGAACUUUGUAUUUAUUGAAGCAAAAACAUUUUCAUUCCUCAAAAAUUUAGGAGUAAGUACUCGGUCAAUGAUUAAAAUGUGAUUUUGUCAUUUGUCCA